CUGUCUGUAGAGUGUAGUUUUAACAUAUUUUCCAUCAUAGUGGUUGACAUCAGAUGCUUUUUAUUUAGCAACAUAAACUAAUUUCAUUAUCAUACACACUUAUCUAAGCAUUUUUAUAGCAUGAAUUAUGUGAGCUUUUGAUUGGUGUGGGCUAGAUUUUCAAGAAGCAACACAAGAGAGCCACUUUAGUUCACAAGUCUGUUAAUCUGCAUUUAUUUUGGCCUGAGAACAUGAAGAGAUUGAUGCUACUGGAUUUAAUACUUUAUGGCAUCCUUUUUCACAACACGUGGGCCUGGUCAGUAACGAUGCCACACAGCAUUCAUGGCCUACAGAAAUCCUGUCUUGUUAUACCAUGUUCAUUCUACUACUCAUCUUAUCCACCUACGAACCCAUAUCGGAUUGUGUGGUAUGAGUAUGUUGACCGUGGAUAUCCUGCAGUGUUUGACAGUUGGAACCCUGGUUCAGUAAUUGAUAGAUACAAAGGAAGAACCAGUUUAUAUAAUCCAACAUACAGGGGCUGCAGUCUGCUGAUUAAAGACCUUAGUCUUUCCCACAGCAGAGACAGAAUAUAUGCUUGGGUAGACCCGGAAAAUAUUGGAUGGCGCACUUACAAAUUCUAUGAUGUGUCUACUAUAAUUUAUGUUCGUUCAUCUGCAGAAAAGCCCAGUGUUUACAUUUCUGGAGGUGCUAAAAUUGGGGAUAGAAUUACAAUUGAGUGCACAACAUAUCACACCUGUCCUUAUGAACCACCCUCUCUCAGUUUAAAAGGGAUUGAGAAACAUUUUGAAAAAGACGACACAUUGUUAAACAGAAACAUUGGUGAUGGCAAGUGGGAAAUCACACUGACACGUGAAGGGAUUGUUCAGUCUGAAACACAAACAAUUGAGUGUUCUGUUAGACACAGUGGUGGCCUCACUGCAUCUACUACAAAAAUACACACUGCACAGUGUACCAUUGAUCAACCCAAAAUUGAUGAUCUAAACACAGGGUUUCUGGAGGGUGUGCAACAAGACAUUGUUUGCUCUGUUACAUACAGGUGCUCAAGUUACCAACCUCAGAUUCUUUGGAAUGAUGGAAAUUUACAUGGAAGCAUAACUUUUAUAAGCACACAAGGAAUAAGACAUGAAGCUAAAUCCACAUUAAGGUUUACAGCAAAGGCUAAUGAUAACGGCAAGACCAUUACCUGUAAAGCAACUUUUAAAGGAUCUUCCCAAAGAGCACAGAUGACUUUAAGAGUUAAGAGGUCAAAGGGCUCUCUUGAUUGGAGCUUCACAAUGCCCAGUAAAAUCACUGGAAUUCGGGGUUCCUGUGUGGUCAUUCCCUGCAAUUACAAAUUUAAAAAUUCUCACCGUAGUGGUGUUGAUGUGAAAUGGUAUCGGUUCUUGAAUUCAGCUUACUCUCUAGUGUAUGGUAAUCCAACACAAAAUAUCAUGGAUAAGUUCAAAGGAAAGACAAGUUUAUAUCCAUCCUCAAAUGACAAAAACUGCAGCUUAAAGAUACAGCCACUUGAGAACAAUCAUAAUCAGGAAAGACUCUUUCCAUGGAUGGACCCAAAUUCUAUUGAAACGUACAACAUAAACGAUUUUAAGGAUGAAACCAUUGGCAUUGAGGUGACAGAGAUCGUUGAGAAACCACAGGGAGAGCUUCUUGGCAUAGCUAAAGUUGGUGAAUCAGUAACUUUGUCCUGCAGUGUGAUACACACCUGCCCUCCAUCACCUCCAACAAUUAGCCUUAAUAUUUCACGUGGAUCUUCACCACGUCUUAGUAAUACACCCCUAAACAAUGGGGAAUGGAAAAUAACCAAAGAGAUUACAUGGACCGUUGAAGAAAAUGAUAAUUCUGUUACUUGUACUGUGAGAUAUGCAGGUGGACAGACAUCAAAGACUGAAAUCAGUAUUAAUCCUUCAUGUCCAAUUGAUGAAGCCCAGAUUACACCUGAUUCAGAGACAGAGUUCCUCGAGGAUGUUGAACAAAAGAUUACUUGCUCUGUUACAUACAUGUGCUCUAAAGACCGGCCGUACAUUAUUUGGAGCGGUGAAUCGUUACCUGGCAGCACGUUUUACAUAACAAAGCAGGGAAAAAAACACAAAGCUACUUCCACAUUAAAGUUAACUCCAAAAGCUAGUGAUCAUGGAAAGACCAUUACCUGUCAAGCAGAUUUUAAAGGGAAUGUUCAAACUGUGGACAUCACUUUAAGAGUUCAAAGAUCAAUGGGCUCACUUGACUGGAGUUUCACAAUGCCCAGCACAAUAUCUGGUGUCCGAGGUUCCUGUGUGGUCAUUCCUGCAAUUACAAUUCAAAACAUUGCAGCAUAG